AUGACAUUCAAUGCGGAGACAAAUCUUACCAUCGAGAAUGUAUAUCAGACAGAUUUGACUAAUUCGACGUUAGCUCUAGCGCACACGUGCUUUAUAUGUUCAUUACCUAUUUGCGGUGAGAUUGUAUUUCGAAUCGAUGGAAAUCAUUAUCAUGGGGUAUGUAUAAACUGUUCGGAAUGUCAUAUAAAAUUACUCGACGAAUGCUAUUCUCGAAAUGGAGUAAUCUACUGUAAAGAGCAUUACUUCAAUAAAUUUGGAAAUAAAUGUGCAUCGUGUGGCUACAGUGUCUUACCUACAGAAAUCAUUCGACGUGCGAAUGAUUUUGUAUACCACUUACAAUGUUUUAGUUGUUUGAUAUGUCACCGGCAAUUGAAAACAGGUGACGAAUUUUAUGUAAUCGCUGAUGAAAAGCUUGUUUGUAAAUUUGAUUACGAUACCUUACGGAAUAAAGCGUUCGAUGAUAACAAUAAACGACCACGUACAACUAUAUCUCAAAAACAACUCGAUGUUCUCAGACAAGUUUAUAUAACAACACCGAAACCGCCGCGGCAUUUACGCGAGUCUUUAGCAAUCGAUACAGGUUUGGAUAUGCGAGUGGUGCAAGUGUGGUUUCAAAAUCGUCGAGCCAAGGAGAAACGGUUGAAAAAAGAUUCAAAUCGACGAUGGCCAACAACAACGCGUGGUCAACAAACGAAAAAGUCCAAAGCAAAAGGUCAAAUGAAAAUUCGAGAAAAAGAUUCCAGCGAAGACGACAAUAUCGGCACAUCCGAUGAUGAAUUUUCUGAGCAUGAACCAGAUACCUCAUUUCCAAAUGCUCAACCUAAGGAAGCCAUGUAUCUUGAUCUUCAACGACCAACUCAUGAAUUUAGUUCAUUCACCUCUACUUGUACAGAAUUGAAUGGACCAGUUAUUGCAUCGUCAUUUCCACACAUGUUGGAAUCGAUGCGUAAAUACUCGUUUUCAACCUCGUCAUCAGUAGUAACCAUAAACGACGAUCAAGGUUCAUCACCAGAAUUAGAAUUCAAUCCAAUUGCGAGACAACAUUAG